AUGGGUGAUUUCAACGCCACUCUUCACUCUCAUGAAAAGCGAGGCCCAGGGACCUUUAGUCUAGGCUCUGCAGUGGAGUUUGGAGCCAUGGUAGAUGCUUGCUCCAUGUCUCAGGUUCCCUCGAUUGGCAGAAAAUUCACUUGGACAAACAAUCGAUGCAGUGGAAAUGUUUAUUCGAUUCUGGACAGAAGUUUCUGUAACGAAGAAUGGCUUGACAGUUUUCAGAAUUGUUCUCAAUAUGUUCUUCAACGUAUUGGUUCUGAUCAUGCCCCAUUGCUUUUUAUGUUUGAUUAUAGUCAGAGGCCUCAGAAUUGCCCAUUUAGAUUUCACCGAUUCUGGAUGGAUCAUGAUGAUUUUGAUAGAGUGGUGGCGGAUUCUUGGUCGGAAUGGAUUUCGGGAGCGCCUAUCUAUGUCCUUGUCAAUAAGCUUAAAAAACUUAAGGGUGUGAUCAGAGAAUGGGCAAGGUCUGUUUUUCCUCACCUGGAUAGGGCACUGGAAGAGGCAAAGAGGGAUUUAGCUCAGAUUCAGGGGCAAAUUGAUAUACAAGGUAUGGAUGGUCAAUUAUUUGCCUUGGAGGCUGAGGCUAAGACUACACUGAUUAAGGUCAUGGAGAAUCAUGAAAGAAUGUGGGCUGAAAAAGCAAGGAUUAGAUGGCUGAAAUUUGGUGAUAGAAAUUCCAAAUUCUUCCACCUUUCUACAAAAAUGAGGAGGAAUAAGAAUACGAUUAGAUCACUUAAGAAGCAGGAUGGCUCUAUGGUUGAUGAUCCCAUCCAAAUAGGGAACUACAUAGUUGAUUUCUAUGAGAAUUUUCACAAAGUUACCCCGACGGUUCAGCAUGAGGAAUUACUGGAUAACAUUCCCUUGAUCUUGAACCAAGCUGAUCAGUACCACUUGGAUGCCCUUCCUGGUAAUGCUGAGAUUAAAAGGGCUGUGUGGCAGCUUGAUCCGGAUAGCUCGCCUGGUCCUGACGGCUUCCCUGGGGCUUUUUUCAGAAGAUGCUGGCACAUUGUGGAAAAAGAAGUGAGCAAUGCAGUCAGAUUCUUUUUCAGCUCGAGCUACAUGCCACAGGGUGUGAAUAAUAAUUUCCUUGUGUUGAUACCAAAGGUAGAUGGGGCUGAUAACCUAGGUAACUUCCGGCCCCUAUGCAUGGGCAAUUUCUUCUGCAAAAUUAUUACAAAGGUGAUGGCAUUGAGGCUGGAGCCUCUGCUUCCCAGAUUAAUAUCUGAUGAGCAAGGAGCUUUUCAAAAAGGAAAGAUUAUCCAUGAUAAUAUUACUGUUGCUUCAGAGCUUGCAAACUUGAUGUUCUCAUCCACCAGAGGAGGGGGUAUUGGCAUAAAAAUCGAUAUCAGGAAAGCCUAUGAUACAAUUGACUGGAAGUUUAUCUUUCAGGUUAUAAAUAGAUUUGGUUUCUCUAAGCGAUGGACAGGCUGGCUCAACCAAAUUCUAAUAUCUUCUAAGAUUUCAAUUCUAGUUAAUGGAGGUCCGCAAGGCUUUUUUAAUGUGGAACGAGGCCUGAGACAAGGUGAUCCGAUUUUGCCGAUGUUGUUUAUCAUUGCAGAAGAAGUUCUAUCUCGGGGAUUAAAGGGGUUAAUCCAGUCGAACCAAAUAAAGCCAAUCCAGGGCCCAAGAGGCGUUGAAACUCUAGAGCACAUCUUGUUCACGGAUGACAUCUUUAUAUUCACCAAUGCUUCCCAGAGUUCGAAGGGUGAAGUGAAGAGUAUCAGCGAUCUCUUAUGCUGCAGGAAAUUGAGGUUACAUGUAGAGGCCCCUAAGUAUGUUCCGCCUCUAGAAGUUCAUUGGUGUAAACCCCAUUUAAAUUGGUUUAAAAUUAAUGUAGACUGGAGUUCUCUGGGAAAUCAAGGAAGGGCAGGUGCUGGUGGCAGUGCUCGUAACAAAGAGGGUCAGAUUUGCAACUCUUUCAAUAUUUAUUUAGGCAUUAAAAAAAUCUUUGAGGCUGAGUUUGAAGCGGUUUUGGAAGGUCUGAUCAUGGUAAAGAGAUAUAGGGCGAGUGAAGUGUGGGUUGAGUCAGAUUCGGCUGGUGUAGUGUCUGCUGUGCAGAAGAACCAAGUUCCAUGGUUUGUGCUCCAACGAUGGAGAGCGAUUCUCCCCUAUUUGAAUUCUAUUUCGUGGAAAAUUUCUCAUUGUUUUCGCGAGGCAAAUGUGGUUGCAGAUUAUUUGGCAAGGAAGGCUUCAAAAUCAGGAAUCACAGAGACCUCUGUGACAUUCCCCAGUCAUAUUAUGAUGGAGAUUGAAAAUGAUGCAAUGGACAGGCAUAUAUUGAAAGUUCUCCUAUACAAAGGUGACACUUAG